AUGUCCCACAUCGGCCCCGAGAUGCCGCCGCACCUCGCCAAGAGGAAGCGCACGCCUGAAGAUGAACACGAUGGUGACGGCAGCGACAGAGAGGCCAGCCGUCGCGUGCGGCGAGCAUCCCCUCCACAGAUCGCUAAGCCGACCAACGACGAGGAGAUAGCUCUAGACGACGACAGCGAUGGUAUCCAUGUCGAUCCAGUCCUGCCGGAAGCCCUCCCUGUGUCUGUGACAGCCCGCCCACGCAUGGGACCGUCUAUGGGCCCGACCUUGCCGCCUUCAUCACCUGCACCCAAGACUGGCUCCGACUCUGCCUCCGGCUCGGAUUCAGACUCAGACUCGGACUACGGCCCCGCCUUGCCAGGAACUGACAGCCACAGCGAGGCCAUGGCCGCCUACAUCGAAGAACAGGACGCCCAGGAAGACGACGACGCCCGGCUGUACGGGGUCCCACGGCCACCGGCUGGCCCCGACCCUGACGCCCCGGCUCAGCGCGACGACUGGAUGCUCGCUCCGCCUACUGACGACGUCGGCGCCCGCGCAGCCGACCCAACCAAGAUCCGCGCCCGCAAGUUUGCUACCGGACGCGCUGCCAACGCCGUAGAGGCCCGUGCUGUCGGCGGCGGCGCUGCGGCCUCGGCUAUUGGCAGCCUGUGGACCGAGACGAUUGAGCAGAAAUCGCGGCGGUUGGCAGACACCGUGCUGGGCCGGGCACCCGAUCCAACACGCGCAGGGCCGCGGCCGGAAACCCAGACCACCCGCAGCGGCGGCUCGGCCUCUACGUCCUCCCGAAAGGCAGACACCCGCGAAGCCCAGAUCAUGGCCUACACCGAGGCCACGCGCGGCCGCAGCCUGUAUGAGACGCACCAGGACUCGAUCAAGGAUGGAAGGCGGACAGGAGAUAAAGACGAGGAAAGGCACAGCGAGAAGCGCGACAGGCAUCGACAAAGAGAGAGCGAUCACAGCGAUAGGCAUCGCGACAGGGAGAGCAGCAGACGAGACAGACAAUCCGACGGCCGAGACAGGGAGAGCGAUAGGCAUCGUGACAGAGACAGCGAGAAGCACCGCCACAGGCACGACAGGCACCAUAGACAUCGCGACGGCUCGCCGUCUACCAGUAAGCGCAAAAAGGAGGAGCUGGACGAUCCAAGCGCCCGGGCCUUCGAUCGCGAAAAGGACAUGAGUCUGGGCGUGCAGAUCAACCACAAGCAGCGGCGUGACCUCCUUAGCCGUGCCAGCGACUUUGGCGGACGGUUCCAGAAAGGCAGCUACCUCUGA